AUGCCUGAUGAAAAGAAGCUACCCUGGGGAAUUAAUUCAACAAAACCGGGUUCCGCUAAGACCUUAACAAAAACAAAAUUACAAGCUUUCAGUAUUGGUACACAUAAAAAGACACCUUUUCAAAAACACAAGGAAGAACUUGAAUUAAAGAAAAAGCAAGAAUCUGAAGAAGCCGCAAAAGUCUAUGCUGAAUUUGUUGCAUCGUUUGAAAAAGAGGAAGGUGCAGGAAAGACAUUCGUUAAAGGCGAAACUAUAGUACCGAAACUGUUGUUUGAUCAUGAUGCAGUCAUUACAAAAAAGGAAGUUACCACCACUUCCACUUCAGCACCUAAACUUUACAAACCACAACCUUUUAUUACUGCCUCAAAACCUAUACAACCGGAAAUAAAAAUUGAGAAUUCCGAGGAAAAUCCCGAAAAGGAAGAGGAUGAAGAAAAAAAGGAAGAAAAAUCAAAAAGAAAACGUAAUCUAGACGCUUUUUUGGAAGAAAUAAAACGUGAACAAGAGGAAAGAGAAGAUCGUUUAAGGCAAAAGCAUGCAAAGUUGGCGGGCGCUGGCUUAUCAUCUGAGGCAGGUAGUGACGAAUUCGCUCCUACCUCGCUCACCGUUAAAGCCGCAUUUGAAGAUAGACCGGGUUCACAUGAUACUGGAGAUCCAAAUACAACAAAUUUAUAUGUUGGAAAUAUAAGCCCAGAGGUGAAUGAAGAAAUGUUAUGUAAAGAAUUUGCAAAAUAUGGUCCCAUAGCUAGUGUAAAAAUUAUGUGGCCCCGUACCCAAGAAGAGAAAGAUAGAAAUCGAAACUGCGGUUUUGUUAGUUUUAUGGACAGAGAAUGUGCAGCUCAGGCUUUAAAAAAUAUGGAUGGCAAAGAAUUGCUCGGAUAUAUUAUGCGUGUUGGUUGGGGGAAAGCAGUUCCUAUCCCACCAAAGCCUAUUUACGUAUUGAACGAAGGAGUUCGUCCUCCACCGAGUGGCUUACCUUUUAACGCGCAGAUGAUUCACACAAAAGCAUAUACAAAUGUACCACCGCCUGGCGCCUCUACGGUUGCACCCAAGGGUCCUCGCCUUGAGGUUCAUGUAACUCGUCCCGAAGAUACUCAAAUCGUUAAGAUAAUACAUCGUAUGGUAGAACGAGUUGUUAAGUUUGGUCCACCAUUUGAGGCAAUCAUUAUGGAUCGCGAAUGGAAUAAUCCAAAAUUUUCAUUUUUAUUCCAAAAUGACUCACUUGAGCACGUAUAUUAUCGGUGGAGAUUAUACUCUAUUCUUCAAGGAGAUCCCAAGAAUAAGUGGCGCACCGAACCUUUUCAUAUGUUCGAUGAAGGACCCAUUUGGGCACCUCCCGAGAUACCGUUUGAUGAAGACGCAGCAGAUGAAUUAUUAGAUUCCGAUGAAGAAGAUGAACGUGAACGAGAACGUAUACCUAAAGGAACUUUAGGACCUAAAGCAAGGCACCGCAUGGAAGUAAUGCUACGAAAAUUGACCUUUGAACGAGGUGUCAUUGCUAAAUCAAUGGCCUUUGCAAUUGAUCAUUCUGACGCCGCAGAUGAAAUUGUCGAGAUUAUAUGCAAGACUCUCAUGAUCAAAGGAACGCCUAUUCCCACUAAAGUUGCGCGAUUAUAUUUAGUAUCAGAUAUAUUACAUAAUAGUAGCGUUUCCGUACCAAACGCUUGGAAAUUCAGAACUGGAUUUGAGAGUAAAUUGCCAGAAGUGUUUGAGCAUUUGAACGAGAUAUAUAGAUCUAUUGCGGCUAGAUUGAAAGCAGAGACAUUCAGGCGUCAAAUUACAACUAUUCUCACCGUUUGGGAAAACUGGAUCGUUUUCCCACAACCUUAUAUUGAAUCAUUAACAAAUACAUUUAUGAAGAAUACAAAACAAGGUGACAAUCUCACGCAUUCUUCAAUACCACAAUCAGCCACACCAUCAUCAUCAUCGUCAGUUGAUGGCAACGUGAAUAAUGUUGAUGGUGUGCCAAUGAAUAUGGUUAUUGAUGGUGAUUCAUCAAAUAAAUCAAGUACAGGUGGUAUAUUAAGUGUAAGAACAAGAUGGGACAAUGAUGAAGAUGAGGAUAAUAAUCAAAACAAUGAUAAGAAAAGUGUUCGAAUAAUGUCGGAAAUAGAAGUGACGAGAUUUAAUGAGAUCAAAGAUGGUGGAUCUAAAAGAAUCAAUUUAGGAGAUGAAAUGGACGACGAACGUUUACUGUGGCUUUUAAUUUGGGAAAUCAUUAAAAGUUCUUGA